UUUAGAACAUUCUUGGCUACGUUCCUAAGUAUAGCAUCAUGUCUUUUCGUGGUAAUUGUGUCAUAUGUACGGAUUAUUUUGAUACUGAAAACGACAUCAGUGUUACACCGUGUGGUCAUCUAUUUCAUGCCUUGUGCUUGAACACGUGGAUUACUACCAGCACUGGUAAAAAAUCCUGCCCACAAUGCAGAACCCAUAUAACUAUGAAGCAAAUUAUUGGGAAAAUUUAUCUGAAUCAACCACAUGAAGAGCAAAAUGAAUUGGACCCUUAUGUUUUAAAAAAUAAGGUAGACGAACUAAACCUAAAUUUGAAGAAAAAAGAAAAAGAGAAAACUGAAUUCAAAGAGAAUCUAACAGCCUUGGAAAAUGUUAAAGACACCUUAAAGAAACAGAUUAAAAAGUUAAAGCAGCAAUUAACGGAAGAACGGAAUAAACUGGAUAUUUUAAAGACUAGUAUGAAUGUGAUGAAAACUGAGGUUUCUGACGCCAGGCUGUGUAAAGAGGAGACAAAAAAGCUACGACAUCGUUUGCGAACUUUGGAAAAACUCGAAGUUGUUUUGACGGGACAGCAGAGUGAGGUUGACAAUAUGAUGGAACAGUAUACAGGAGGUUCGCAGUCUGCUGGUACCAAACAACUUGCAACGUUUUGCAUUGCAAUGAAGCAAGAAUAUGAGCUGCUGAAGGAGUCUAAAAAUAAAAUGAGUUCAGACCUGAUGAAACUCAGAAGAGAUUUGCAUCGGAAAGAAGAAAUUUUGUUAAAAAAACAUGAUUUAGUUGAAGAACUUGAAUCUGCAAACAGCAAUUUAAGAAGUCAUGAAGAGUCCUUGCUGCAAGAAAACAAAAGUUUAAAGCAUAAAAUAAAAGCAUUACAGAUGGCAAUCUCAUCUCCAAGUGAUACAAGGGCAUCAGCUGUAUCUCGAUUAAUCGCGGAAAGUCCAGCCCCUGAGUUUCUUACUCCAUUGCAAAACUCACGAACAGGAAAUCGAGAUUGGUCAUCCGAGGAACCGAUUUUGAUGAAGAAUCCAACACUCAGUUCAUCGUUCCUUGAAGAUGAUGAGAAGUCGCCUAAAACGAGUCCUUUGAAGCGUAAAAACGAACUCCCAGAAGUUGACAGUCCUGCCACGAAAGCAAGGAAACUCCACUGUCUUGAAUAUGGCAUUCCAUAUGUUAAGAUCAAAUCAACAGUUGGAACAUUUGAAGAAAAUCCACCAAUUAGGGUUUUCUCCAAUCGCUUUAAAAAGAACGUAAACAAAAAACCUUCAAUACCCCUGGAAUACGAAACAAAGUAUUUUAACAAAGUGAAUCUGACUGGAACAAACAAGCCGUCUAGUUCAAAAAUCUCAUUUUCAAGUACAAAUAAUUCAAAUUUCAAUAAAUUUUCAGGAACUCAAUCCAAAUUAAACACAAAAAGAUUUAAUCGAUUAAAAAGAGUUUAAUGUUGAGAAUAUUUAUGUUUUUUUAUAAUGCUAGUUAUUUGUACUUACGAAUAAUUGAAUGUAUGUCAAAUGAACUUAUCCACCAGUGGCCACUGAGUUUAUUUAUUUGUUGCGGCGUAAAAUGUUUUUUGUUAAAAUCCUACAAAAACAGUAAAUAAACUGAGCGCCCAAUGCCAGAAAAAUUAAAGUGACUUUUGUUCAGUGGUUUUGUAUCUUUAAUGGUAUAAAAUUAUCUUUUAUUGUAUUUUUAUUGUUUGUGUAGUUUUUGUUUAUAAACCAACACCCAACAACAAUCUUUAUCUGAUUAUCAUAUAUAUAUAUAUGUGUGUGAUGCUGCAUUCCGUCAAUUUUGACCAAAUUCCCAUUGAAUUGUCUUUUUAUAUUUUAUAACAAUAG